UACUCGCAACAAAAGAAAAGGAGAGAGAAAGAGAGAGAGAAACAGUUGUUAAAGCACAAAGUUUCAUUACGUUUAAUAUUGAUUGAUGUGUUGUUUGUAUAUAUAUAUAUAUAUAUAUACACAUGUAUAGUUAUUAAUAAUCAUGGCUUGUGCGUUAACGCAAUAAGUUAAUUUUUUGAUUGGAGUAAUUCCCACAAAGACGACACUCAAUCUCUUUGCUUUUUCUCCAAAACAGAGAGAUUUCCUCAAGGGAUAGAAAGAGAGUUUUCUUGGCUUGAAGAACAUACCAUCCUCUUCUUGAGCCAAACCCAAAAAGCUUGUUCAAGAGUUUUUCUUUAAGAAGUGGUGAGUUGUUUUUGCUUUGUGAUCUUGAAGAUGGGAGAUCAUUUUGUGUUGUUGAUGGAUCGAUUACUCACGGAAUCAACAUUACAAGCUGCAAUCGAAAGCAGAAACCGAGAAAUCCAAUCCGCCAUCUCGGUCAUUGAGAAGUCGAAAACCAACGACUUGUCAAAGAAGGUUGAUUUUGGAGACGUAUCAUCUCCAAGGAAAUUAGUAGAGUGCAGGAUAUGCCAUGAUGAGGAUGAAGAUUCUAACAUGGAGACACCCUGCUCUUGUUCUGGUACCUUGAAGUAUGCCCAUAGGAGAUGUGUACAGAGGUGGUGCAAUGAGAAGGGGGACACAAUGUGCGAGAUAUGCCAUGAGCCAUUCAAGCCUGGUUACACUGUUCCUCCUCCAUUGUUUCAAUUUGGGCGUAUUCCAAUGCACUUCAGGGGAAACUGGGAGAUUUCAAGAAGAGACAUAAAUAGCCCUCGCAUUGUAGCAAUGGUUUCCACUAACCGAAACUUCCUGGAUCCUGACUUUGAUGAUUACUCAGCUUCCAAUUCUGGAGGUCUCACAUGGUGUCGUUCGGUGGCCGUCACUUUCAUUAUUCUGUUGAUUCUAAGACACACUCUUCCCUUGUUAAUCAGUGGAAACCAUGACUACUCUUUCUUCUCUUUCCCACUGAUCAUGUUGCUAUUUCUUCGAAUCGUUGGGAUUGUUCUGCCGAUAUAUGUCAUGGUCAGGGUGGUGACUGCCAUCCAUCAGCGCCGCCGCCGUAACCACCAGGUCCUUCCUGUUUCAACGUUAGAUACUUCUUCGGAUGAAGAAACCGAACAGUCGGAUAUGCAGCCUCGGCCCCAUGCAACUCGUGUAAACUGAUUUUACUAUACACAAAAAGAGAAUCAAAUCCAAAGCACCUGGUAACUCUUCCAUUGCAGAACAUGAACUAAAAAUGAAAAGGAACAGAGCUGCAAAGGAAUACUUCUUGAAUCAAACGCUAUGAUAUGAUGGGAACAAAUGUCCCCUUUGGUCAUCAUAAAAGAAUAGGCAAUACAUCUUCUGCAAACUGCAGUUUGACUUUUAGUUUUGUUCAAGCUAGAUGUAGGUUAUAAGGUCUCCUCUUAGCGCCAAAAAAAAAAAAAAAAAAAAAAAA